UUUACCUUCAGAAUCAGUUGCCACUUAAGUUUUUCAUUUUUGUUCUGCAGAGCAAGACUUCAUCUAGACUUCCAUAAGCAGCUAAAAAAAUUUAGGAAAGUUGCAGAGAAAAUAGGCUAGCCUACCACCAACAACCAGAAAGCUCAGAGAGGAAAAAAAUAUUUGGCUCGGCGGAAAAUAUUAUUUACAAACAAUUACCCUGCUGAAAGUUAUGCCAUAUGUGACCAAUGGGCAGAAAUCGUCCAGCUCGUGAUUUUGCACCUCCUAAGCGAGAGAAAUCGUGGCAAUCAAGUUCUCGGGAGAUUCAACCGGCCGCAGCGAGGCAGGUGCCUCUUAGGAAUAUGGUGGUGACACCUGCGAGUGUACCGGAGUUCACCAUCCCCUCACUGUGCACAGGUAGGCUGCAGGGAUGCGGCAGGGAGAAGGUUGGAGUCGGGCACGGACGGCGGCACACUUUCCCCCGGUCUGCGCACCCAUCAUCAUUUGUCCGAGCACUCGCGCGCUGCUGCCCGUUCUCAGAGGAGCGCGACCUGGUGUUCGUGGAUGAUCUCCAGACUUACGUUCUGUCAGACCCGACCACCAGCGCAGCAAUGUCCUUACCUCACCUCUGCAAAAUCACCACUCCGUAUGGCUUUCUGACACUUGCUGAAAGUCCGAGCGUUAGAAACGUGAGAACUGCUGGUGAUGCAGCUCAGCUGCUGCAUGAUUCAUGUGACUGUUCAGAACUGAGACCUGCUCAUCAUCUCAGCUAUGGAUUUUUACGUAAAGGAUGGAUAAAAUGUUUACCCAAGUUCCCCUGGUCUCAGUGA